AUGCCUUCAAUCGUGCCAAUCCCCGACUCCCCCAUACGAGAGGACUCAUCAGGCGUGAUAAAGUUCACAAACUGCCUCCUCGUAAAAAACAACGCCCUAGUCCCCCAAGAUCUCUGGAUCAGUUCCGCCACCGGAAAGAUCCUGAACGGCCAAGAAAUCCUGUACUCAUAUCGUGCCGCUCCAGAGCAAAUCGUCGACUUAGGUGGCCGCAUCCUCUCCCCCGGCCUCAUCGACACGCAACUAAACGGCGCGUACGGCUUCGACUUCUCCGUAAUCCCCUCAGACCGCGAAGGCGGCGCAUCAGCCUACGCCAAAGGCGUCUCGCGUGUAAACCGGAGUUUGGUAGCAACAGGCGUAACAUCCUACCUACCAACCCUGACAUCCCAACUCCCUUCAGUCUACCAAACCGCCCUCCCUUUCCUCGGCCCCUCAGGCACAACGCGCGACGCAACGCUCGGAUCAGAAUCCCUGGGCGCCCACUGCGAAGGCCCGUUUCUCUCCACCACCAAAAACGGCAUCCACAACACCUCCGUCCUACGCACCCCAGAUGACUCCAUCAGCAGCCUAGAAUCCUGCUACGGGGCCUCGAACCUCACCUCCCCCUCCCCCAUCUCCCUAAUCACCCUCGCCCCCGAACUCCCCGGCGCACUAUCAAGCAUCCCAUCCCUAACCAGCGCCGGCAUCCGCGUCUCAAUCGGGCACUCAGAAGCCACGUACGAAGAAGCGAAAUCCGCAAUAAAAGCAGGAUGCAGUAUGAUAACGCACCUCUUCAACGCCAUGCGGCCCCUCCACCACCGUAACCCUGGUAUCUUCGGCUUGCUGGGCACGCCCUCCUCCUCAAUCAACAAACCCUAUUUCGGGAUCAUUGCGGAUGGCAUACACCUGCAUCCCACGUCUAUAAAGAUAGCGUGGAACGCGCAUCCAGAUGGGCUGGUGCUGGUGACGGAUGCGAUGAGGUUGGCGGGUAUGCCGGAUGGGACGUAUGAGUGGACGAACGGGUCCAAGAUUGUUAAACAAGGUCCCCUUCUUACGCUUGAGGAGAAUGGGAAGAUUGCGGGGAGUAGCAUUCAGCUUGUGGAUUGCGUUAGUAACUUUUUGAAUUGGACGGGUAGUACGGUGCCGGAGGCGCUGAGGGCGGUUACGGAGACGCCGGCGAGGAUGUUGGGGUUGGAGGGCGUGAAGGGCUGUUUGGAUGAGGGUGCUGAUGCGGAUUUGUGCGUGUUGGAUUUGAAAGAGAAUGAGGGUGGGGAGAAGAGGUUUGUUGUGGAUGAGGUGUGGAAGUUUGGGGUUAAGGUUUUUGAGAGGGGGCCGGAGGCAUGA